AUGUCUUCAUCACAAGCUUCUACAUCUGCCUCGGCGCUCAACUCUGGCUUUCUUCGCCGUCACCCUGCCAGCUUGAUACCCAAGCUUGUGCACAACCCUGCCAUCACCGACCUGAUCAAGAGCCCCGUCACUCGCGAGAUGGUCGUCUACCUGGCUAAUCAGGCUGCUCACGUCAUUCAGUGCGGCUCCACACAGUCUUCCGACUCUCCACCUGCGACAUCAACACGCUCGGUUGCUUCUGCCGAAGCCGACCCUGCCGGUAAGCUCGAGAUCAACGGUCUCCCAAGCUUGGAGACCUUCAUCGCUCUCCUUGUUGAGAGGUCAAAUGUUCAGGUCCCCACCCUCCUCUGCACACUUGUCUACCUUGAGCGCUUGAGGUCGAGGUUGCCACGCGUUGCCAAGGGUAUGCACUGCACCCGUCACCGUGUAUUCCUUGCCACCCUCAUCGUCGCUGCCAAGUACCUCAACGACUCUUCGCCCAAGAACAAGCACUGGACCAAGUACGCUGCUCUCUUCUCCCAGGCCGAGGUCAACCUCAUGGAGAAGCAGCUCCUCUACCUUCUUGACUACGAUCUCCGUGUUGAGGAGGAUGAUUUGAUGGUUCACUUUGCUCCCUUCUUCCGUCGUGUCGAGACCCGUGCCGAGGCUGGUCGUCGCGAGAUGCACCUUCGUGGUCUCGAAUGUGGUCGUGAGCGCGAGCGAUAUGUUCGUGCUAGCGAGCGUCGUGUUCACCUUCGUAACCUUCCCGCUUCUCAAGUUCCUUGCUGGAACCAGAAGAGCGAGGCGACGCGAUACGAGCAGCAUCGUCGUUCGGCCGCAUAUCACUCGCCUGACUCGCUCCACGCUUCGCCACAGGAGAUGCAGUCUUCGUUGAUGAGUCGACAAGACUCGGUCGAGUCCAACGCCAGCUCCACCUCAUCCGAGGCAGAGUUGACCGACGACAACGGUUCCUCGUCAUCAUCAGCUGAAGAGUACGAUGACUACGAGGAUGACUAUCUCGAGCAAGAAGGUCUUGAUGUCCGUAUGCAACAGCACUCGGUCUCUAGUCUUGCCUCCAGCCAGUCCCAUCCUGUCAUGGUCGCCAACGGCGAAGAGAUCGAAGCUCACAAGCCUGGAUCAGUCAUGCAUCGUUACCUCUCGCAAGCUUUGCCAUCGAGUAUGAAGAAAAGCACCUCUUCCCACUCGCACAUGGAAAUGCAACAACCAAGUCAAGCUCACCUCCCCACAUCUCACUCGAUGAGAAGCGUACGAAGCAGCUCCAACCUCCUCUCUAGAAUGCUGGGCGGACAUCAUCAGUCUUCUGCCGCAUACUAA